AUGCUGGCCAGGCGAGCGACGGCGCCGCUGGCAUCGCUGGCACCCACCAAUUCAUGCUCUGCGGCGGCCAGAGCCUACUUUAGUGCGACGGCUGCGGCCCGCGCUGAUUUCACACAUGCAGUCAUCGGCGGCGGCGUCGUCGGCAUCGCCGUCGCGCGGCAGCUCGCGCGGCGCGCCGGCGGCUCGACGGUGCUAAUUGAGCGGCACGCGGCGCUCGGCACCGAGACGAGCUCGCGCAACAGCGAGGUCGUCCACGCCGGCAUCUACUACGGCGCCGACAGCCUCAAGGCGCGGCUGUGCGUGCGCGGCAAGCACCUGCUGUACGAGCUCUGCGCGCGGCACGGCCUCGACCACCGCCGCACCGGCAAGUGGAUCGUCGCGCAGACGUCCGCCCAGCGCGCCGCCCUCGAGCGCUUCCACGCCGUCUGCCGCGACGCGCUCGGCGUGCCGACCCGCUGGGUGUCGGCCGCCGAGGUCGCGCGCGACGGCGAGGGCGUCGUGGCCGCCGCCGGCGCCCUCGAGAGCCCCACGACGGGCAUCGUCGACUCGCACGGCCUCAUGACGUGUCUGGCCGGCCUGUUCGAGGACGAGGGCGGCAUCGUCGCGCUGCACUCGCCCGUCGUCGGCGUGCGUCCAGAGAGCGCCGGCUGGGCCGUCGACGUGCGCGACGGCGCGACGGGCGAGACGUCCACCAUCACCGCCGACACCAUUGUCAACGCCGCUGGCCUCGGCGCCGCGCGCAUCCACAACAUGAUUGCCGGGCCCGACCGGCAGGUGACGCUGCACUACGCCAAGGGCAACUACUUUUCGUACGCGGCCGCCCGGCCCGCCGUCUCGCGGCUCAUCUACCCCGUGCCCGAGCCCGGCCUCGGCGGCCUCGGCACCCACCUGACGCUCGACCUCGGCGGCCGCAUGCGCUUCGGGCCCGACGUCGAGUGGGUGAGCGGCCCGGAUGACCUGGCCGCGCUCGACACCGCGACCCCCGACGGCGCCGCCCGCCUGCGCGAGGCCGUCGCCGCCAUCCAGACGUACCUGCCGGGCGUUGAUGCCAGCGCCCUCGUGCCCGACUAUGCCGGCAUACGGCCCAAGCUGGCCGGCCGGGACCAUGCUGGUGGCCUUGUCGACUUUGUGGUGCGCGAGGAGGACGGCUUCCGCGGCUGGGUCAACCUGCUGGGCAUCGAGAGCCCUGGGCUGACGAGUGCGCUCGCCAUUGCGGAGAGGGUCGAGGAGAUGCUGUACGGCAGCGUGCGUGAGGGAUAA